UGGACUGAGGCCGCCUGGGGGCGGUGCUGCCCCCGUUGCACCCAGGCCGGGCAGUGACGUAGAGCCGAACGCUGGGGGCCCGGCCUCUUGAGUCGUGCCGGGAGAAUGAUGUCACGGCGCGGUGGCUUUGCGUCACCACCUCGCAGAGCAUCUCCGGCCCCGUGAGAGGCAUGGUAGAGGCAAUGGGCAGAUAAUAUGGAGCCAAGAAAGGUCCUGGUUUUUAGGAUUUCACAUAAGAAAAUAUCCCCCAAAUGAAGCAGCUCAUGCUUUUAAUUCCACAAUGUCAGAAGCUGGAUCUCCAGAAGAAAAAAGACCCCGAAGAAGCUUGUCCCUGAGUAAAAACAGAAAAAAGAAUGCAAACAAGAACAAUUAUACAGAAAAUAAAGGAGUACCAGCUGUACCUUCCAGUUCUUCCAUCCUUUCAUUUUUUAGCAAUACACCUCCCACCAAAUUCACAUGCCCCAUUUGUGGGCUGGUGGUUUCACGAUAUGAGAUCAACAAGCAUAUAGAUGAAAUGUGCCCAAAGAAUCAGGGUAAUAAUGGAGAGACUCUGGUAGAUUCACCAUGUAGUAGUUCUGCCAGUGACACUAAUUCCAGCCCAUACUUUGCAAAGAACACCUCAACUCCAGAGCAAAAGACAAGUCCAUGCGAAAGUAACUCAUUGGAAAUGAAAGAAACUGUAGAACAGAAGACCAGUCCCUACUUUAAGAAAAGCAGUGAUUCAGCAUGCAAUGUUCAUAAUGAGGCAAGGGUUCAAACAGUUAAAAUGAUCUCUUUGGGAAAGUUGUCAUCCAAAUUAUCUAGAAGGCACCGUAUCCAAGAAGGAAAACUAACAGUUCAGAGUGAGGGGAAUUCUUUGCUGCAAGCAGUUCAUGAAGUGUGUGACAACUCUGCAGAAUUGGGCAGUGAAAAGACUUGUUUUGGGGAUGGCUCUCAGAAAGAGAAUCAGUUUGUUUUGAUGGGGCCCGGGGACCUGCACAUUCUGAAAGACAGUUUAACAAAAGAGCCUGAAAUUCAGGGGGAAACACAUCUGUGUGGUAAAGAGAUAUCCAGGGAUGGCCUUGUGGCUUCUGCUCAGGUGUUAGCACUGUCAGGUAGUAUUAAUACUAGAGACCUAACAUUUGUUGCAGGGAAUACUAAGGAAAACAGUUGUUCUGAAGGCAUGGUGUCAAGUCACGACAAACCUGCACUACAUUCAGUCAGUCAAGGAGAGUUGUGCAAUGGUUCAGAAGCUGAAAUGCAGUCCUUUACUAAGACUGUGCCUUCAUCUGGUACCCAAGUGAUAUGUGACAACCAUACGCAGAAUUGCCCAGAGAAGGGUGAUAUGACUGUACUUCCUAUGGAAGUUCAUGAAGGCAUGAGGAAUGAGAUGUUUUAUACUGCUCUUUCAGAGCCUUUGGAAGAGGUGGAUUUUCAGGGUCCUUCUAGUGGCAUUUUAGACAAAAUAAGUGGACUCAGUUCCACAUCUGAUUCUUCUGACCACCCAUAUUAUCUCCAGAACUUCCUGAUGGUCCUGCGAGCAGUCCUAGAGAAUGAUGAUGAUCUGAGACUUUUUGAUGAGCGAGACACCAAAAUUAUCACUGCAUUCUACCAGUUGUCAGCUGCUGGACAGAAAUUAUAUGUCAGACUUUUUCAACGCAAACUGAAUUGGAUAAAAAUUAAUAAAAUAGAGUAUGCAGAGAUCAGCACAGAUUUGCGGCCAGUAAUUGAAGAACUGGUUGAAGGAGGCUUUCUGCAAACAGAGUCUACAUUAGAAGACCUUUCUGAGGGGCUGGACUUGCUUUCUGCUCCUGAGCUAAAAACAUUAGCAAAGACCUUUCACCUGCCAAACCCAAAUGCUCAGAAACAACAGCUGUUGGAGGAUUUUGACAGACUGGCAAAACAGCGUUCAAUCUUCAGCAGGAGUCAGGCUGGCAUUGGGGUAGUGAUUUUGAAAAGGGCCAAAAACCUUGCUGGGAAGUGUGUAAAAGUCUGUAGAGGCCCCCGGGCUGUAUUCUCUCGAAUUCUGCUGCUAUUUUCAUUGACUGAUUCAAUGGACGAUGAGGAAGCUGCUAGUGGUGGCCAAGGCCAGCUUUCCACGGUGCUUAUGGCAAACAUGGGCCAUACAGUGUUCCCCAGCUACACUGUAAAUAGGAAAACAGCAAUUUUCCAGGACAGAGAAGAUCUCAUCAGGUAUACAACAGCUGCUCACAUGUCAAACAAUAUAGCCACUGCAAUGGCUAAUGGGAAUUGGACAGAAGCUAAUCAUCUCUACAUGUGUGCAAAAGAAACGUGGCAUGGAAUGAAAAAUCUCACUUCUCUCAGGUACCAUAAAGUCCUACCUGAGUACCUGCGACAUUUUACUGUUGGAUGGGUAUAUACCAGAAUCCUUUCUCGAGGGGUUGAAAUUUUGCAGAGACUUCACAUGUAUGAGGAAGCUGUGAAGGAACUGCAGAAUCUUUUGUCCCAGGAAGUGUAUUGUACCGACAGCAGAGGACGCUGGUGGGAUCGACUGGCUCUGAAUUUACACCAGCACUUGAAAGAAACCAAGAAGGCCAUUGAAUGCAUUAGAAAAGGGCUGGCGGACUCAUUUGUGCGCACAGGCCACCGGCUCUCCCUGUACCAGCGAGCACUGAGAAUACGAGACUCGUCAAGCAACAAGAAGUUCAGGAGCCUCUUUCAGGAGCUGCCAGUCAUGAUUGUGGAAGAUGUUACACAUGUUACAAUCAAAGGAAAAAUGUAUCCCCAAACUGGGUUGGGAAAAUCUGUGUUUCUAAUGGAGGACGUUGAUGAUGAAGAGAAAGGCGAGGACUCUGCUGUGUCCACAGUCAUAUGCUCUGUUGAGGAGCUGGCAUUAACCCAUUACAAGCAGAAUGGCUUUGAUCAGGGAAUUCAUGGGGAAGGAUCAACUUUUAGUACGCUCUAUGGCCUUCUAAUGUGGGACAUCAUUUUCAUGGGUGGCAUACCAGAUGUCUUCAGGAAUUCCUAUCAGGCAUUCCCCCUGGAUUUAUGCACUGACAGCUUCUAUGAGAACAGAAGAGAUGCCAUUGAAGCCAGACUCCAGUUGCUGCAUGCAGCUUCCUCUGAGACUUUGAAGGAGCUGCUUGCUGAUGUCUGGAGCGCUCAAGAGGGAAAAGUUUCAGCCCUAGUUAGUUGGAACCGGUUUACUUCCCUCCAGCAGGCUCAGAGUUUAGUGUCCUGUUUGGGAGGACCUUUCUUAAGUGGCAUGUGUAGACGGCUCGCCCGAGAUCUGCGCCACUGCAGAGGGGGUCUUCCUGAUCUAGUUGUGUGGAGCACUCACGAUCACUGCUUCAAGCUGGUGGAAGUGAAGGGGCCCAACGAUCGCCUUUCACACAAGCAGAUGCUCUGGCUGAGUGAGCUGAAGCAGCUGGGAGCUGCAGUAGAGGUCUGUCAUGUGGCUGCAGUUGGAGCCAAGAGCAAGUGCCUCAGUUGACUAAAUUGAUCUUGACUACAUUGGAUUUGGGCAUGAGUGAAAUAUUUUAAUAAUAAAGCUUAUGAAACA